UUGUCAUGUACUAAGCUUAUAUCAUUUUAUAGUUAUCAAACCCUCUCUAUAGUUUCCAUCUUUAAUUUCUCAGUUUGAGUCAAUUAAAAUGGCUACUCAAAAGGUUCUAUUAUGUUUUGCUUUACAAUUUGUUUUCGUACUCUCCGUUCUUCACCACACUGCAAACGCUCAGGGCUUGAAAGUUGGUUUCUAUAAAAAUACAUGCCCAAAAGCAGAGGAUAUUGUAACGCAAAUCACAUACGAAACAGUGAAAGUAGCACCAUCACUGGCAGCCCCUUUGAUGAGGAUGCAUUAUCAUGAUUGUUUUGUUAGGGGUUGUGAAGGUUCAGUGCUGUUGAAUUCAGCCACUAACCAGUCUGAGAAAUUCGCCAUUCCGAAUUUGAGUCUUCGUGGUUUCCAAAUUAUUGAUAAAAUCAAGACUGCACUAGAAAAAGAGUGCCCUCAAGUGGUUUCGUGUGCUGACAUAGUGGCCCUUGUUGCCAGGGAUUCGGUGGUUGCGUUGAAUGGACCCAGCUGGGAAGUUGAAACCGGAAGAAGAGACGGCAGAGUUUCGAAUAUAACUGAGGCCCUCUUACAACUAGUUGCACCUUUUGCAAACAUUACUGCACUCAAAACUGCCUUUUCAACCAGGGGUUUAAGCGCACAAGACAUAGCAGUGCUCUCAGGUGCACACACCAUUGGAACUUCACACUGCACUGCCUUCAACAACCGUCUGUACAACUUCACCGGAAAAGGUGACACCGACCCGACCUUGGAUUCGGAGUACGUUGCCAAACUGAAGAUGAAGUGCAAGCCUGCUGACCAGACCACAUUGGUGGAGAUGGACCCAGGAAGUUUCAAAACAUUUGAUGUCAAAUACUUCGACCUCGUCGCCAAGAGAAGGGGCCUCUUCUCAUCUGACUCUGCGCUUCUCGACGACAGUGAGACUAAAGCUUACGUUUUGAGUCACGCCACAGGCUCCGGGACAUCCUCUUUCUUCAAGGACUUUGGUGUUUCCAUGGUCAACAUGGGAAGGCUUGGAGUUCUCACCGGUUCAGCUGGUGAAAUCAGGAAGGUCUGCACCGCGGUUAACUAAUUAUUAAGCCAUUUCUAGCAUUUGGGUUUAAUUAGUUAUUUUAAGUAUACUUAAAAGCCUUAGUUUGGUCGUCAAGGACAAGGGACUCAUGAUCUUCUUGAUCAGUUGAGUUGCAAUUAAUUCUUGCUCAGAGCUUUGUCAAAAAUAAGUUCCGUUUGGUGUAAGGUUUGGAGAUUUGAAAUGGACCAUGGGGGGGUUUCGUAUCACGUGAGGCGUUCAAAUCCGUUACAUGAACAAUAAAUGAUUUGUACUACUUCACUACUAGCUUUUCUUGUAUGAUCUUAAAUAUUGAUUCAUUUUAUUGUCAAAAGUGUACUAUAUUUCUAGUUUGGUCAAUAUAUCAUAUGUGUAACUUCUUGGCAUUAAGUUGUAUUAAGUUACUGUUGGAGCAAUAAAUGUUUUAUAAAUGAUUAAUAAGAAACAUCCAUCUUUUUUU